UUGUAUUCCCAUCGAUCAGCCGAGUUAGAAACCCCAACUGUAAUGGAGCCGGAUUUGAAGUUGUGUUUGGUUCGACCGGCGCCUUCGAAUGUGGAAAGGGCGUGCUGUUUUGAACUGGUUACACCGACAAAAAGUCAUUUGCUACAAGCCGACUCGGAUACGUUGUGUAACGCGUGGAUGCGUGCCCUGCAACGUACCAUUCACCAUUUGCACGAAAGUGACGAUAGCGUGAUUGAAUCGACAAAAACUUUGCUGCAAACAACUCUGGCUGAUUGUGACUGGAAUAAUCCGGAUGAAAGUGAGGGCACUAGUGCGAAUGGUAACGAUAAUAACAUGGACACGGCAAAAACAACUAGUGAUAAGCAUGUUAAACAUCAAAGUCACUCUUCUGCACAACAAAAUCAGCAUCAACAGCAACAGCAGCAGAAUAUAUCAUUACCGUCGACAUCAACGAAAGAGAAGGGCUCAUUUUUAAGUGAAUUACGGAGAAUUCCAGGAAAUGAUAAAUGUGCAGAUUGCGGUGCAGAUGCGCCGAAAUGGGCGAGUAUUAAUAUUGGUGUGUUAUUAUGUAUUGAAUGUUGUGGUAUACAUCGGAGUUUUGGUGUGCAAAUCUCGAAGAUUCGUUCGCUGACAAUGGAUUCGUUUGAGUUGGAACAACGUAAAUUGAUGUUGUCGCUGGGCAAUCGCUUAGUGAAUUCCAUUUAUUUGGCAUAUUUGCCAACAGAUGAGAGUGUUAUGCCUCCGCAAGCGAAGCCUUCGUCCACAAGGUAG